GCGGAAUUGAUUGUGUAAAAUGCAAAAAUUGUCGUGAAAAAGCUGUUCAAAGUGUUACUUUCAGUGUGCCAACCUCACAAUAAGUAUCAUAGGACCACGUAUUCAGUGGCAUUCUUGUGCUGUGUGAGUGCGAAAGUGGAGAAGAUGCAGCUGCAAAAAAUUACUUUCCAAGAGAAAACGCUCAUAUAAAUGUAAACAAAUAAGCCAAUUUGAUUUGAGUUGCUGAUGCUGCAAAUAAGAGACUCUGGGUGAAAUUGAUUUUCAGCAAAGUGCAAAAUUCUUUUGCUUUCGAUCCGGUAAAUGCAUCUUCGCGAGGAAAUAAUGGAGGAAGAUGAGACGGACAUUCGUGAGCAGAUUUUCCACAACACAGUUCGCGAGCACACGAUAUUUCUCCUGCUCUUCAUGCUGCUCUUUCUCGGCUCAUAUGCACUUAUUGGGCGCUUUAGGAGACGCGACCGGGAGGACUUGUUCUCCACAGAUGACGACGAAUUGACGGUGUAUCGAAUAAGUCUGUGGAUGUGCACUUUCGCUCUGGCGAUCGCCAUCGGAGCCGCUCUGCUCCUGCCAUUGUCAAUUGCGAGCAACGAAGUGCUGAUACUGUAUCCCAACAGUUACUACGUGAAGUGGCUCAACAGUUCACUGAUUCAGGGCCUGUGGAACCACGUGUUCCUCUUCUCAAAUCUCUCCCUGUUCGUGCUGCUGCCAUUCUCAUAUCUGUUCGCCGAAUCGGCGGGCUUUGUGGGUCAUCGCAAAGGCAUAAUUUCACGUGCCUAUGAGACGUUCACCGUUUUCUCGCUGCUGGCGUUUGUAGUGCUUGGCCUCACCUACGUCAUUUCGGCGCUAAUCGAUCCAGAAAAGAGUAGUCUACAGACUCUUCUCAAUUUAGGAAGCUAUCAUCUGCCAUUUCUGUAUUCUUGUGUGUCAUUCUUGGGCGUACUUCUGCUCCUCGUGUGCACUCCGCUUGGCUUUGUGCGUCUCUUCGGUGUCGUUGGCCAAGUGCUGGUGAAGCCCCACUUGCUGAGGGACGUGAAUGAGGAGUAUCAUGCCUUCAACCUCGAGGAGGCGAGUGUUCGUCGCAAACUGGCGAACAAUCAUGCGGAUUCGCUGCCCUAUGAGCCGCUGAGGGUGCACGAGAGCGCCGAUGGACUGUAUCAGAGGCGGAUGAACGGAAGUAGUCACACUGGCGAGCAUCAGCUGAAUGAAAGACUGAGAGAAUUAGAGUCUGACCGACGAGAGCUGGACAAGCUGCGUUCCUCGUCGGCAUUUCAGAGGAACUUUGUCUAUCCCAUCGCCAUGAUUUUGCUCCUCUUUCUCACUGGCAUCACGAUGCUUCUGGUGGUGCAGAAUACAUUGGAAUUGCUGAUUGGCAUCAAGGCGCUGCCGCUCAGCACGCGACAAUUUACUCUUGGCAUUUCGUCACUGUCCAAACUUGGGCCGUUGGGCGCCGCUCUGGAGAUUUGCAUCAUCUUCUACUUGGGCGCCACGUCCUCCGUGGGCUUCUACACUAUGCCUUUCAUGCGCCACGUUCGGCCGCGCCGGAGGAAGACCUCCUUGUCGCAACUCAUAGUCAACAGUGCAAUAGUUCUCAUCUUGAGCUCGGCGCUGCCGCUUCUCUCACGGAUCUUGGGGAUCUCUAAUUUUGACCUCUUGGGAGAUUUUGGCGAGAUUGAGUGGCUGGGCAAUUUCCAAAUUGUCUUCUUCUACAAUUUGAUCUUUGGCACGGCCACAACUUUGUGCAUCGUCAACAAAUUCACAGCGACUGUGAGGCGUGAACUGUGUGCACGGUUAGUGGAAAACUAUCUGCUCAUUAUCAAUUAUUUGUGUGUUUCGCCGCCUUUAGAAGAUGUUCCGGCAGAUGGGGCAUGUGGAUUUGUUACUGGUGCUGAACCACUUGUACAGACAUGGGCCGUGGAACUUCUUGCGACACGUCUUGCACGUGAGCUUCGGCAGUUGGCACGUGUCCUGGUGGAUGACGCUGUAGCACACGUAGCACUCCUCCACACCUUCGAACUUCUUGUCCAGGUUACGCUUCCACAGCGACAGGCCGUCGUUUAUCGUGCCGUUUUGGUGCGUGAGGAAGAUGGUCAGCUGCAUCACGACCACGCGCGAUUGCAACCGCCCACCGAUCUGCUUGUUUCCGUCCACUUUCACGGCGCCCAGCGGAUAGUUGGCCGGCAGUGUGACGGUGAGUUCCAGGCGGGCAUCGUCGAUGGCAUAAGUGGCGAUGACCUCACGCGUGCUCGAGUGCACGCUAAUCAGCAUAUUCUCCUGUCGACGCGCCUCCGUGAGCGCUCGCAAUUCCUCUUGGCACAGCAUGGUGUGGAGAGUGAAGUGACGAGAGGAAUUCAGAUACGAGAGCAGCGGAGUAUCAGUGAUGUGCAGCCCUUGUAUGCGCCCAUGAACAUUGAAUCAGUCCAAGUGACGAAGAGGAUCAAAGUGCAAAAAAGAGCUCCCGAACCGCCGCCAGCGCCAGAAUGCAACCAUUUCACAGGAAUUGGACUUCUGGCGGCCAGAGAGAAUCUCUCAUCGUGCGAACGGUUGGCAUCAUUGGCACAGCCCAAGAAGAGAGUUCCUCCGCCUCCGAUUCCUCCAAACACCCCAAUAAUCCGUGUGAAGCGAACAAUUCCGCCGUGUUCCGUGAGGAUCGGCGACUUGGCUCAGCCAUCAGCCAGAAAAGUCCUGCAUACGUGGCACAAUCAUCAGGAUCACCUUUCGGUAGACAAGAAGAGGAAUUUCCAGCGAUUGCUCACCGAGAGGAGCACAACAACAACACUGGAAAGAGCUGAAAGAAUCCUCCGAGAGCACAAGGAUUACGAAAGAUGUCUGGCAUUCAAGAGAGAGUUGGAACAUCGAAGAGCUUUCCUCUCACAACGACGGGAGUCUAAAAGAGUGACUGAAAUGAUUCUGAAUGAUACCAUGGACGAUGUUGUUCUUGUCUCUUCAGUCUCUCAGCAAAUCGAGAGCAAUGUUGACCUCAUGAAGCUCGCUCACUUUGAACGUGAACUCUCUCAUGUACUCAGCGAUCGCCUCGUUGUGCUGCUCAAUGUGUCGCCGGAAGAAGACUUGGAGAAAGUGCCAGGAAUUGUCACCCUUGUGAUGCUCCUGGUCGCUGCGCCGAUUCAGCACUUCCACAUCAUUGGCAAUGAGACUUGGCUCACAUAUUUGGUGUUGAGCUCCUCGACACACGGACUCACGAUGUCCAAGAGUAAAAUGUUCUUCAGCAAGUCAAUCUGUUUCGUGGCACUAAUUGCCAUCGUCAGAGCAUCGUUUCUGCCUUCAUUCACGGACCAGAGAAUUGUUGGCGGACAACAGGCGGAGGAAGGAUCGGCACCCUAUCAAGUCUCCCUUCAAAGUCGCUUCGGUCACAACUGUGGAGGAGCAAUCAUCGACAAGAACUGGGUGAUAACUGCUGCUCACUGCAUUCAGGGCCAAGAUCCCAGCGCACUGACUGUUGUUGCUGGAACCAAUGAUUGGAAGAACGGCGGAGAUAAGUACCAACCACAGAAAUUCUUCGUUCACAGUCGGUACAAUAAGCCAAGCUUUGCCAACGAUGUCGGCCUGAUCAAGCUCCAAUCUCCAAUCACCUUCACGGACAAGGUGAAAGCCAUUGAAUACGACUUCCGCCCAGUUCCCGAUGGUGCUGUGGUGAGACUGACUGGAUGGGGCCGUUUGUCUGCUGGUGGACCGAUUCCCGACCUCCUGCAGACCAUCGACCUCAACUACGUGAACUACGAAGACUGCAGAGCGGUGUACGGGCCCCAAGGAUCUGUGGACAUUGGUCACUUGUGCACAUUCAAUGUCAAGGGACAAGGUGCCUGCAACGGAGACAGUGGCAGUCCUCUGGUGUACAAGGAUCGCCUCGUGGCCCUCACGAACUGGGGCGUUCCUUGCGCCACUGGUCUGCCCGACGCUCACUGCAGAGUCUCCUACUAUCACGACUGGAUUCGCACGACGCUCAACAGCAACAAAUAGACAGACUAAGAACUACUUCUCAAGUGGGAUUAUCACGGAAAUAUUGCGAAUAUAUCACAUGAUGACUAAAUAAAGCAUAGAUUAGUGGCACAGCAA